ACAUUAGUAUUACUUCCAUACCUUGAUCGCGGUGUCUUGAUAGGUCUAAAAAAUUCACACAUUUAUAAUCUUUUUAACUUUGAAGGUUCGAAGUAUUAUUCGAUCUUCAUACUUCAUGGUUCAUUCUUUCGACUUCCGAGUUUCUGAUUUCUCUGCUAAACACUAAUCUCUAAAUCCUGCGAAAGCUUUUAUGACGAUAUUUCAUAAUUUUAUAUUUCAGUUCAUCCGCCAAUAAACAUUUAAUUACAUUACACACAAGCCGAAACGUUAUUUAUUGUUAUUUUCUUACAACGCUUGUUGUCAAUCAUUCGUUGAAAAAUGUCUGCUAAAAUUGUUCAAAAUAUGUUAAAAAGUGCACCAUUCAACCGCCUAUAUAUGUCCCAAAUAAGAAAUAAGGCAACAUUACCCUGUCUAAAAUUUGAAUAUAAAGACUUAGAACCAAUCAUAUCACGGGAUAUCAUGGAGAUUCACCACCAAAAACAUCACAACACUUAUGUAGUAAACUACAAUAAUACUUUAGAUAAAUUACAGACUGCUGUGGCAAAAGAUGAUACAGCAACAAUCAUAAGCUUGUCACCUGCACUUAAGUUCAAUGGCGGUGGUCAUAUUAAUCAUUCUAUUUUCUGGGAUACCCUUACACCUCAUUCGACUAAACCUUCUGAUGAUUUGGACAAGGCUUUAAUCCAAAACUUUGGUUCUUGUGAUGAGUUUAAGAAACAACUAGCUACAGCUUCUAUUGCUGUACAAGGUUCAGGAUGGGGUUGGCUUGGGUUUAAUCCUCAAACCAAGAAGUUAACAGUCAUAAGUUGUGCAAAUCAAGAUCCACUGUUUCCCACCACUGGACUGAUUCCUUUGUUUGGGAUUGAUGUUUGGGAACACGCUUACUACUUGCAGUAUAAAAAUGUACGCGCUGAUUACGUAAACGCAAUUUUUGAAGUUGUUGAUUGGGAUGCUGUGUCCAAACGUUUUUCUGAAGCUUCUAUUUAAUAAUUAUUUCAACUUGCUAGUUCUCAUUAAGAAUAUAUUUAAGUUUGAACAGUUAAAUAUUAUAUAGAUUUAUAUGUAUUCCUGUAAACUUUGUUUGAUUUCAAUUAAAAUAAAUGUACAGUUUGAAUUUUA